UUAAGAAGAGAAAAUGGGAAGAUCCCCUUGCUGCUCAAAGGUGGGAUUGAAGAGAGGGCCAUGGUCAGCUGAAGAAGACGAUCUGCUCAAAGAUUAUCUUCACAAACAUGGCGAAGGUCAAUGGAGAUCCCUCCCAAAGAAAGCAGGGCUUUUGAGGUGCGGGAAGAGCUGCCGGCUGAGGUGGAUGAACUAUCUCCGGCCGGGGAUCGUCCGGGGGAACAUCACCGCCGACGAAGAGGAUCUGAUCGUACGGCUCCACGCGCUCCUCGGAAAUCGAUGGUCGCUGAUCGCCGGCAGAUUGCCCGGUCGAACCGACAAUGAGAUCAAGAAUUACUGGAACACUCAUCUGUUCAAGAAGAUCACCGCCGCCGGCGGUCGCAAUCGAGGCUUUUUGGGAGCUAGCGAGAAGAAUAUUCCGGCCGCCGGAAAUAGCAGCGCCGUCGGAACUGAUCCGGAGAAGAAAGUUUAUUUGCCGAAACCGAUGAGAGUCUCGUCGUCGGAGUUAUUUUCGAGGACUGAGAGCUACGAUAGCCUCGCGAGCAAGACGUCGAGCUGUGGAAGCCCUGAGGAGUGGCCGCCGUUAUUUCAUCUGCAGGGCGGCGGCGACGGCGGAGAAGAGGAGGAUUUUUUUACAGUGCCGAUGGUGCAUUGUUUAGAUUCAAUGUCGGAAGACGACGUGAACAGAGUCUACGAUGAGUAUUUGCAGCUUCUGUAAAUUGUGAAAUAUUAUUAUUUUAAAACAGUAAAUAGCUAGUGACAUUAAUUGACCUUUUCUAAAUAUUUAAUUUUUUUUCCAUUCUAAAUUUAUGUAAGAAAUAUAUAUUAUUUUUUCUUACGUAAAU